CUCAUCUCCCCAUCUCAUUCAGCUCGAAGCUCGCAAGACCACCUCGCAAUACCUCCUCGCUGUCUCGUAGUCUCCGCUCGCUCUCUUUGUGCUACUCGGCGCUCGAUCCUCCAUCUCCAUCGCUCGCUGCUCAUCCCCCCCAGCGGAGAAGUCCUUAUCCGCCCGAGCCCAAUCUCGUCCCACUCGCGCCGCCAGAUCCCGCCUCGAGCCUCGCCUCGAACACUCUAGUCGCGCCACCAGCCGACGGAGCGGAGACGGAGUAUCCCAUUGCGCAUCCCCGGCCGUCCCGCUUGGCCCCGACGCCCAACGCCCAAGAACGAACGAGAGCAAACGAGAGCGAGAACGAGAACACGUCGUCUACCACCCAUCACCCAUGCGCCCACCCACGCCCCCGCUCACCGCCGCCGACCCCGCGCCACGCAUGUCCCUCCCCGACAUCUCGAUCCCGCAGGCGCGCCGCAUCGCCGUCGACACGACCGGCGCCCAGAUCGUGCAGGAGGAGAGUCCUGCGACACGCGACUCUCGGGGCAUCUACCUUCCGCACUACAUCGAGCCCGUCUCGCACAUCGCCAUCGACAUCGGCGGAUCCCUUGCCAAGGUCGUGUACUUUACCCGCUCGUCGCAGCCCCUCUCCGCCUCGCCUCCCCAACCAUCAUCCCCAUUCCUCGCGCCCUCCGAGACUCUUACCUCGCCAGGCUCAUCUUCCACCCACCUUCCCUCGCCCGAGAACUCGAUCCUUCUUGAUGGCACAACUGAGCGCCCCAGACCCGUCGUCAAUGGCGCCCUGACCCCCGGCAUCCUCUCCGAGGUGCGCGAACGCUCCCCACCCAGACGAUCACGGGGGCGGCGAUGGAGCAGAGACCCGCGCUGGCGACGGGGGAGUGUCCCCGACCCCCUCCCCGGCGGCUUGGUAAACUUUGCGCGCUUUGAGACAGCAUGUGUCGAGGAGCUCAUCGAGUUCCUCAAGGACCUCAUCGCCGAGAGCGCCAAGGCGAACCGCGUGAGCCUGGACCGCAUGAAGUCGAUGGUCAAGGUCAUGGCGACGGGCGGCGGCGCGCACAAGUUCUACGACGAGCUGAGCCGCGAGCUCGGCGUGGAAGUAACGCGUGAGGAGGAGAUGGAGUGCCUCAUCCUCGGGCUGGGGUUCGCAGCGCGUGUGCCAGAGGAAGUAUUCUGGUUCUCCGAGGAGCUCGUGUACAAGGUGUCGCACCCUGAGGGGCCGCGCACCAUUCCGCCGAGUGAGCUGCCACGCCCAUCGCCGACGCCGCCGGCAUACCAGGUGACGUUUGCGCCUGCGGGCGACGACACCCCCGUGUUUCCCUGCCUGAUCGUCAACAUCGGUUCCGGCGUAUCGAUCGUCAAGGUCGAUGAGGACGGCAGCUUUGAGCGUGUCUCGGGUACCUCGCUGGGCGGAGGCACGCUGUGGGGUCUACUCUCGCUCCUGACGGACGCGACGACGUUUGACGAGAUGCUCCUCCUCUCCGAGCAGGGCGACAAUAGCGCCGUCGACAUGCUGGUCGGCGACAUCUACGGCACAGACUACGGCAAGAUCGGGCUGAAGAGCAGCACGAUCGCUUCGAGCUUCGGCAAGGUGUUCAAGCACGGCGCGAAGAACGACCGCAAGAAGGCGUUCCGGCAGGAGGACAUUGCGCGCUCCCUCCUCUACGCGAUCAGCAACAACAUCGGACACAUCGCGUACAUGAACGCGGCCAAGUAUGGGCUCGACCGCGUCUUCUUCUCCGGUUGCUUUAUCCGCGGGCAUGCCGCGACCAUCUCAACACUCAGCUACGCCAUCCGCUUCUGGAGCAAGGGAACGAUGCGCGCCUGCUUCCUCCGCCACGAGGGGUUCCUCGGCGCCAUGGGCGCGUGGAUCAAGAAUGUGGAGCCGCACUCAGGCACUGCGACGCCUACGCCGGGCAACGCCACCCCGCAGCGCGCUGGUUGCGGCAUGGCAGAGCAUCACAAGAGCGUGGCGGAGGGACUGUCAAAGCUUAGUAUAUCGACGUAAGGAGAGCGUGGGGAAGAGCGGGGCGAUGGGUGGGGGUCACAGGCGUACGCAGUAUCUAGUUAUCUAGUCUCUAGGCAUGCAUGUUGUUCGAG